AUUGCCGAUGAGGAGAAAAUGAGUUUUGUCAAGAAACGGAUUGAUAUGAGUCAUGAGAAUCAGAUCGUCCAUGUCCACGAGUUGAAGAAGUAUCAUGAGAAGGUGAUGAAUGCUGAACAUAGCGAAAGUUGUUAUUGUUGUAAUGAUUGUGGUAACCACGACCACGAUCACGAUCACGACCACCAUCACCACGAGAAGAGGCCAGAAUCAUUAGUCAUGGUGGAAAGAGGGCAAAUAGAUGACCCAUCAACGUGA